GCGCUACCGCCACCAGUAACAGUAGCAGGGCAAAGGGGAUCGCUAGUUUUUUUUUUAGUAUUUAUUUUCUUUCCAUUGUUGUUGCUUCAGUUUCAAGUUGUAACAGUUGUCAAAAAGGAUUGGUUGCAUCGCUGUUAGUUUUUUUUUCUUCAGACUCAGAUUUUUUGUAACACAGUGAAGGCACAUUUGCUACUUAGACAUGGUAGUCCAGCAGCAAAUGGGGGGCAGCAGGUCAAUGCUGAGGAGUCGCUGCCCACGAGGGAUAUUCUGCAAUAUCAAGGUUUUCGUCUUGUGUCACAGCCUACUUCAGCUCUCGCAGCUCCUGUAUAGCUCUUACUUCAAGAGCAGCAUCACAACCAUUGAGAAGGACUUUGGUCUGUCCAGCUUUUCAUCUGGCUUUAUCUCCAGCUUACAUGAGAUUGGAAAUGUUAUCCUUAUUGUAUUUGUCAGCUACUUUGGCAGUCGAGUGCAUCGUCCACGAUUAAUUGGCAUUGGUGGUCUCCUGCUGGCUCUGGGAGCAAUUUUACUGACCAUUCCACACUUUCUGUCUGAUAUCCAUACAUUGCAUGGUAAAGGCAACAAUAGUCAGCAGAUGCUUUGGUGUCCAUGGAAGAACACAACUGAUGUGUGUAAGGAAACUGGCACGAGCGCACAUAAUGAAGUUGGUACCAUGUGGGUUAUCAUGAUAAUUGCACAGCUUUUGGCAGGAAUUGGGACUGUUCCUAUACAACCCUUUGGUAUUUCAUACGUGGAUGACUUUGCAGGGUCUACCAACUCUCCUCUAUAUAUAGCCAUCUUGUUUUCUGUUGCUGUGUUCGGUCCAGCAUUUGGUUACUUGCUGGGAGGAGCAAUACUGCGCCUGCAUGUGGAUUUGGACCGAAUUGACACAGGUAAACUGCUAAUCGAUUACAAACAUCCUGAAUGGAUAGGAGCCUGGUGGCUGGGAUUGUUUGUUGCCGCUGGACUCCUGGUGCUAACCUCCAUUCCUUAUUUCUUUUUCCCUCGGACAAUGGCCAGGGAGCAGUCAGUGUCAAGUCAAUGCGAUUUCCAGCUACUGUCAGCCUCACCUACUCAUGUAAACCUGGACAUGACAGAAAAUGGGUGGAGUAAACAAACAGUGGAGUACAAGCCAAGUUUAAGUGGCAAAAGUGACAUAAGUAAAGAAGAUGAAGUUUCCAUGGCAGACUUCAUCAAAAGGUUCCCUAGAAUCUUUGUGAAGUUGUUAUUGAACCCCUGCUUCUUCCUGGUGGUGGUGGCUCAGUGCAGUUUCUCAUCAGUCAUUGCUUGUCUCGCAACCUUCCUUAAUAAAUUCCUUGAAAAACAAUAUGGUGCCACAUCAUCUUACGCCAACUUCCUUAUUGGUGCAAUUAAUCUACCAUCAGCUGCAAUAGGAAUGCUAAUUGGUGGGAUCAUCAUGAAACAUUACAAUUUCUCCCUGCGGGCCAUUCCCCGGUUUUCGGUGGUGGUGCUACUUCUCUCAGUCCUCUGCACAAUUCCCCUGUUCUUCAUGGGAUGUUCAACACAGAAGGUGAAAGGGCUCGACAUCAGGAAGUCCGACAAUCAAUCACUGCAACCGUGUGUCUCUUCAUGUAGCUGUCCUAGUGAUCUUUAUCAUCCUGUAUGUGGUGCUGAUAAAAUUGAAUACAUAUCACCAUGCCAUGCUGGCUGCAGAAAUUCAAGUAAUCAGGUCUACACAAACUGCAACUGCAUUCAUACUCCAACAGGAGACAACUCUGCCAAGUCAGGUUCCUGUGAAGUCAUCUGCUCCCAUUUCCUUCUGCCAGUAAUGUUCCUCAUCUCCUUUGCUGGACUUAUAGCAUGCCUCUCUCACAACCCCCUUUACAUGAUGGUUUUACGAUCAGUGAGACACGAUGAAAAAUCUUUCGCUAUAGGAGUCCAGUUUCUGCUGAUGAGAGUUUUAGCUUGGUUGCCUGCUCCAGUCUUCAUUGGCAAGGUCAUUGACACUACAUGCAUCUACUGGAAGAAAAGCUGCACAAAACAGGGAGCCUGUGUUUAUUAUGACAACGACUUGUUUCGGAGCAGGUACUUGGGAGUACAAGUUGGAUACAAGGUGCUGGGGUGUUUACUCUUAAUUAUUAUUGGAUGGAAAGUGAAACAGAGCAAAGAAUACACAGUUCAUGGAAAACCAGCUGGGCAAUUCUAGCCCAUCUGAAGGACAAGACACCCUGCAAUCUCUCCCUAGUCUAUACAAAGGAACCUGACAUGUACUCACACACCUCAGAAAUUCUUAUGACUUUACUUAUCUUAAAUACAGAGUUGGUUUCCUUGUGUGCCAGUAAAGCAAGCUUCAUCAAGUCUAAAUAAGCUGUGGACCACAAUUCCAAAGCAGGACCUUUGUUUGAAAUUGUCUGCACUUUGGACAUCUGUAAGAAUGAAAGGAUGAAGUGUGCUGACAACAUGAGAAAGAAGGAAACGUUUGUUCGGAGCUCACAUAGUGGAAAGGGAUGUGGCCAUUAUUAACAGCAUUCUUUUAAUGCAUCCUUCUAAUUCUGGUGCCUUGUAACAGCCUCUACCUAUGUGCCAUCCUGUUUAUUACAACGUGUGUGUUGUUAUAUAACUAAGCUAAUCCAGCUAUUUGAAUAGAAUCUGUCAGUCACUUCUUUAUACUGCAUUUGCAUAGGGCAGUCAAACUGCAGUAUAAAUAUUGUUUAUUAAUGGGAUCUGUAUCUGGCAUAUGACUGUUCCGUAUGAAGGUUACAACGUCUCGGUCAUAUACAAUAUACAAAGAAUUAACAACUACUGUGGAAUCUGAAAUUAAAUCCUCAUUUCAAUUUAAAUCUUUUUUUUUUUAAGUGGCUGCCUCACACUGUCUGUCAUGAAUUUAUGUGGUUAAAGUUUUUACAUAUUCAAGAUCCCUGUGCUAUCAUCCCAAAUAAAAAAUAUAUUUCAGUAAGUAGGGUUGUCCAUCAUUAACAUUCAAAGGAGCUUUAACCACAGCAAAUCUGACAUCAUUGUUUUUAUUUGUGCUAUUUGUGCUGUAAACUAUGUGCAGAUAUACUGAGAAGUCCAGGACUAUACAAAAGUGCUGCCAGCACUAUAUAUAAUACAUAGAGCAUGCUGAUUUCAUUCAUAAGUCAGGAAAAAGACAACCAUGUUAUGCACCUCUGUGACAUCAAAUAGGUACUUAACAAGUGUUGUCAUGCACAGCUCUCAGAGGAAAUAUGCUCUAGUCUUUUGCUAAAGCAUUGUAGUGGCCAGUAUAGAACAGAACUGAUAAGCUAAAACUGUUAACAUUUCUUUCUGCCACAUAGUAAACAGAGGCUGAAGUGUUUAACAGCUUUUAAAGCUGUUGGUUUAUCACAGCUACACAUAGCUUCUGACCCCUCUCUGUGUGAAUGUGUUAAAUGUUGCAUGGCCUUCACAGCUUUGUGCUCCUUCACGUUUAUUUGCAACUUCUAGGACAUGGGAGCAGUUGAAGCUCAAUAUACCACCAAAAAUUACGAUGAUGUGUUUUUGUUGAGAACAAAGUAAAGUGUUCCUGACAUGGAUGUCAAGAUUCACCUCUCAAGCUUCAGUAGAAUUUUUCACAUCCAUGUCCCCAACACAUCACCAGUUCAUUGUGAUUGGACACCCAUUCAUAAUUCCCAGUAUGGCUAAUUAUGUAUAACUUGUAUGAAUAAUUAAUAAUUAGCCCAUAAAAAGAAAUCAGGAGCUUACAUGCUAAAGGUAGAGCACAUUACUGUGCUCCUGACCUUUGACCAGCUGUGUAAAAAAUACUUGGAAGUUACUCUAUUGUGUUACAAACUUGUACUGUUUUAAUGUACUCGAUGCAUCUGUU